UCCUAUGUUGUGCUGCUUCAUGAUCUUUCCUCUCACACACACUCUCACUCUCAGUAGCCUCCAAAGAAGAUGAAAAUGGCCAAUUCUCAUCAUCUCCUGCUACUAACCCUAAUUCUUCUGCCAGUACUUUGCUACUCAUUCUCACCGGAAUCUCCCACCGAUCGACGCGUGCUCGUCUUGCUCGAUGACUUUGCCAUCAAGUCCUCCCAUUCGCUCUACUUCAAUUCGCUACAAUCUAGGGGCUUCGAACUCGACUUCAAGCUUGCCGAUGACCCUAAGAUAGCCCUGCACCGAUACGGCCAGUAUUUAUACGACGCAUUGAUACUGUUUUGCCCCACGAUCGACCGAUUUGGAGGAUCAGUUGAUCUUGCUGCUAUAUUGGACUUUGUGGAUUCGGGUCACGAUUUGAUUAUUGCUGCCGAUGCAAAUGCUUCCGAUUUAAUUCGAGAAGUUGCCAUAGAGAGUGGAGUUGCAUUCGAUGAGGACCCUGCCGCAAUUGUCAUUGAUCACAUUAGCUAUGCAGUUUCAGAAAAUGAGGGAGAUCAUUCAUUGAUUGCUAGUGACGACUUUAUCAAGUCUGAUGUGAUUUUGGGGAGCAAGAAAAUUGAGGCUCCUGUACUUUUCCAGGGGAUUGGCCACACAGUAAAUCCCACCAAUGGCCUGGUAUUAAAAGUUCUCUCUGCUUCUCCUUCAGCCUACUCUGCUAACCCCAAAUCCAAAUUGUCAAGUCCUCCAUCUCUUACUGGAACUGCUAUCUCAUUAGUUUCAAUAGUACAGGCAAGAAAUAAUGCUCGAAUUUUGAUCACCAGCUCAUUAAGCAUUUUCAGCAACCGUUUUUUCAGAUCCAGCGUGCAGAAGGCAGGGAGCUCAACUAAACAUUUGAAAUGUGGUAAUGAACAGUUUCUGACUGAACUCAGCAAAUGGGUUUUCCAUGAAAGAGGCCAUCUUAAGGCUGUAAAUGUAAAACACCAUAAAGUUGGCGAAGUAGACGAACCAGCAGUUUAUCGAAUCAAUGAUGACUUGGAAUAUUCAGUUGAGAUUUACGAGUGGUCUGGAACAAGCUGGCAACCAUUUGUAGCGGAUGAUGUUCAAGUACAGUUCUAUAUGAUGAGUCCCUAUGUUCUUAAAACAUUAUCAACUAACAACAAGGGCAUCUAUCAUACUGGAUUUAAAGUUCCAGAUGUGUAUGGGGUUUUCCAGUUCAAGGUUGAAUACCAAAGACCUGGAUAUACAAGCUUGUCUCUAUCAAAACAGAUUCCUGUUCGUCCCUAUAGGCACAAUGAAUAUGAAAGAUUUAUCCCUGCAGCUUAUCCGUAUUAUGGAGCUGCAUUUUCUAUGAUGGCAGGUUUUUUCAUCUUCACCAUUGUCCAUCUUUACAACAAGUAGGUGUAACCUUUUUGGCAUUUUAAGAGAGCAAAAUAGUAGAGUUUGAAUUGUGGAUGGCAGGAGUAUUUUUGUGAUGUUUAUUGAUGCAUAAUGCAGUCAAAUGCCCUGGUAGUGACUCUUUAACUGUUUAUCAUCUUAUAUCUUUUAGUUCAUGUAGAGAAAGUCAUUAUCAUAAUAAAUUGUAGACAUACAAUCAGACCUUUAUAUAU